AUGGCAAAACUUUUACUCCGCGACCACAGAAAUCACGAGCGAACUCCUGAGCAAGAAUCCGGCAGCUGCGCGCCGUGUGCGAAGGCGAGGCAGGUCGCUCGGGUUGAGAGCGCGGCGGAGGCGGCGGGCGGCACGAGGCGCGCGGGCGUGAGGGGCGUGGGCCAACCGGCCCCGAGCGGGCGAUUUCCCAGCAUCCUCCGCGGCGCGGCGCGCGCGCGUGGGGCCCGCGGCGCCCCGCCGCCAGUCCUCGACAGACCACCGCGGUCAGCCGCAUGGCCCGCUGGAAGACGCCGAACAGCGCCCGCUUCACGUGCCUCCCUCCUCCGCCCCGCCCCGCUCCCACCUCUGCCGCCUCUUCUCCCCGACCCUGCGACGGCGCAGUGGCGCGUGCUCCCCCGGCCGGCCGCGACGGCAUGGCGACUGCUGACCGCCCGCUGA